AUGCGUCUGCCCCUCUCUCUCAUUCUCGCCGUCCAGUCCGUCUUGGCCCUUCAGCCCGCGAAGCGCUUCUACCAGACACAUGACUACUAUGUCAUUGAACACGACCCAUACGCCGGAGCAUCGCUGGACGAAAUCUCUCGGGCCCUCGGCGUCGAGAUUGUGGAACAAGCAGGGCAGCUUGUCAACCACUGGCUCGUCCGUACGGAGAAAGGUCUCAGGAAGCGCGAUUCCAAUUCGGACCCUGUCCUCCGUUCAUUAGAGGCCAUCCGAGAACAGGUCCGCGCACCCGACAAUGUCCUCGCUCGCUCAGAAGAUGUCUCUCAGAGUCGUCGGAUAUCGAACUCGGUACGAGUCCUCCUCCCGCAGACUCUCCGACAACGCACCAAGCGCGCCCCACCGCCCAUUCGACCGCCACCGGAGGACAUCGAAACUGCAUCGGCCGCGGCGCAGCGGCUCGAUAUCCAUGACCCUUUCUUCACGAAGCAGUGGCAUCUCGUCAAUGACGAGUUCCCGGAGCACAUGAUGAACGUCACUCCGGUGUGGGAUAUGGGUAUCAAGGGCAAGGGUGUCAUCACCGCCUUCGUCGACGAUGGACUGGACUACACCAGCGACGACCUUGCGAACAACUUCUAUGCGUAUGGCUCGUACGACUUCAAUGACCAUGUCAACCUUCCUACCCCCGUCCUCUUCGACGACCAUCACGGCACUCGUUGCGCCGGCCAAGUGGCUGCCGUCAAGAAUGAUGCUUGCGGAGUCGGCAUUGCGUACGAGUCUAAGGUUGCUGGUAUUCGUAUUCUCUCGGGUCCCAUCUCGGACGUGGACGAAGCCGCUGCUCUCAACUACGACUACCAGAACAACUCAAUAUUCUCAUGCAGCUGGGGGCCUCCAGAUGAUGGUCGGUCGAUGGAAGGUCCGGGGUAUCUCAUCAAGAAGGCAAUGGUCAAUGGCGUUCAGGAGGGUCGUGGUGGGAAAGGUUCGGUGUUCGUCUUCGCAAGUGGGAAUGGUGGCCGACAGGGAGACCAGUGCAACUUCGACGGCUACACGAACAGUAUAUUCUCUGUCACCGUCGCCGCCAUCGACUUCAAGGGGCUCCACCCGGACUACUCAGAAGCCUGCGCAGCGAACAUGAUUGUAGCCUAUACCUCGGGUAGCGGGAACCACAUCACCACGACGGAUCGAGGCAAGAACAAGUGCUCAAGCUCGCAUGGAGGCACCUCUGCGGCUGCUCCUAACGCUGCAGGAGUGUUUGCGCUUGCUCUGGAAGCCCGCCCUGAUCUGUCAUGGCGAGACGUCCAGCAUCUCUGUGUCCGUACGGCUCUUCAAGUGAACCCUGACGACCCUGACUGGGAGAUGACUGCUGCCGGUCGCCCAUACAGCUACAAGUACGGUUAUGGUAGCUUGAGCGGCAUCGAGUUCGUUAAGGCUUCUCAAACAUGGAAGACCGUCAAACCGCAGACCUGGAUCGAUCUUCCAGUUAUCCAAGUCAAUAAUGGAACUCUGGACAAGCACAACUUCGAAGGGUUGGAGCACAUCACCGUCCGGGUAUGGAUCACUCACACGCGCCGCGGAGAUGUCGAGGUCGAGCUUGUUAGCCCGAAGGGAGUCAAGAGUAUUUUAGCUGCUCGUCGUAACGGAGACAGUGCGGACACAGGAUAUCCGGGAUGGACCUUCAUGACGUCUCUCAUGCAUCCACGUAGGGACGAGAGCCCUCUUGGCGACUGGACCAUCCGUGUCUCCGACCAACGCAAGGAGGAUCAAAGCGGUGUCUUCUUGGGUUGGACUCUGAGCAUCUGGGGCUCCGUCGCAGAUGAGGUCAAGAGCCACAAAUCUUACGUCGUGCCUACCGACGAGCACGACGAGAUUCUUCCGCCGCCGCCCAAGACAGUUGCGGAUCACGAUCACGCGACUACGACCACGGGGACUGCUCAGUCUACCGAAGUCCUGGCUACCACCACCGCCACCAACACGAAGACCCUUGUUCGUCCGACAGAGCAUCUCCCGACCGAUCACGGUCACUCCGAAGGCGAAAACACGAAGCCCGCGUUCACUUCCGACAAAGCCGUCGCAACCGGCGCCCAGGACCUCGAGACCUCACCGUCCGCAUCGGUUACGCCUACACCUGACGAGGGAUGGCUUGCGGGCCUCUUCUUCUGGCGGCGUGCCGUCCUUCGCAAACGCCGCGCCAACUACACGUCCCUCCGAGGCGACGAUGAAGUUGCGAUGGGCUCCGUCACUCGCUCGAGCACCGGCGGUCGCACGAAGGAGCUCUACGAUGCCUUUGGAGAAGUCUCAGACGAUGACGAAGUCGACGAGGAGACCGCGCUCCGACCACACUCGAUCUCGCCUCCACUGCCAACCGGCCUCCACACGGGCUUCCUCGACGAUGAUGACCCGCCGACAGCGGGUAGCCAACGCGCGACGCGCUAUCGGGACGAGCCUGAGUCCCCCGUGGGCUCAAGGGAGGGUGACCGGUCGGAGAGUCCGGCGAGUGGGAGUGGGAGUGGUAGCGGAAGUAGCUGGGAGCAUGCAUCAGAGACGCGACCGUAG